AUGCCCAUGGCUGCGAUGUUCACUAGGAAUCGGAUGAUCGGAUGGGUCUCCCUUGUCUUCUCGCUCCAGUCCUGGCUCGGUGAAACUCCUGACCAGAAGAAAUCGGCAUCUACUCCCGCAUACAUGUCCGUCUUGAUGUCUCUGAUGGCCCUCGUCGUUGUACGUUACCGAUACAUCCCUACUAUUCUGAGCAUCAUAGUAGAGUAUCCUAGCAGACGUAUCUGUUCCACAACUAACCCUGCGCAGACGUACUUCCCUAUAUUCAUGCCACCGCCAGCUGCACGGGGCACUGCUGCCGCCGCCGCUCCUUCUCCUGUACCCUCGCCCUAG